GCACCGACAAACUCUCCUUGAACCAUGACAUUGAAAAGCUUUGUUUAGUACUGUCUCGAUCUCAAGCUGGUUUAUUAGAGAAGUUUCGCGGACAUUGCUGGUGUUGUUGGCGGCUGGGAGAUCUUGUCAACUCAGGAUUUGAUCAAAUUGUUGUUUAAAAUGCUGACAAAGCUAGCAAAGCUUCGUUCCUGUACAUAUCUACACCGACAAACUCGUUUGUCGCCUGUUAAACUUUUCUCUCGACAACUUGUCCUCCCUGGAGGGCCUGGUCCUGCUGUCAUACAUGGCCUGCCUUCUCCUCAGAAAAAGUUACCGUUAAGUUAUCGGAACCAGUUAAAAAAUGCAAAGCGUGUUGUGGUGAAGCUUGGAUCUGCUGUUGUGACAAGAGAUGAUGAGUGUGGACUAGCUCUAGGAAGGCUGGCUGCCAUAGUAGAACAGGUUUCAGAACUCCAAAAUGCAGGGAAGCAAAUGAUGGUAGUUACCAGUGGUGCUGUUGCAUAUGGCAAACAAAGAUUGCGAGGAGAAAUGUCAAUGCAACAGACCUUGAGACAGUCAUUGAAUUACUCAAGAAAUGGUCCCACUUCACAUCCAAAAAGCAGCUAUAUUGAGCCAAGAGCAUGUGCAGCUGUUGGCCAAGGAGGGCUUGUUUCUCUUUACGAAACAAUGUUUAAUCAAUAUGGAAUAUCUGUGGCUCAGGUACUUGUCACAAAGCCUGACUUCCGAGAUCAGUACAGUAGAGCAAAUUUGAAAACCACCCUAGAAGAACUGCUGAAGAUGCACUGUAUUCCAAUUGUAAAUGCCAACGAUGUUGUUGCUCCUCCACCAAGUCAAGACGUAGAUCUUGCAGGGUUAACGCCUCGACAACAGACGUAUCUUUCUGCCAAUAAAACGGUUAUUAGCCUGAAGGACAAUGAUAGCCUGGCAGCACUUUUUGCAGUGGAAAUGAAUGCGGAUUUGCUGAUUCUGCUUUCUGAUGUCGAUGGCAUAUACACAGGCCCACCCGACCUAGAAACCUCACGAUUCAUUGAUGUGUUUAGGCCAGGGGAUAUUGAAAAUAUUAAAUUUGGUGGAAAAUCUAGAGUUGGCCUUGGCGGAAUGGAAUCUAAGGUUCGUGCUGCCACUUGGGCUCUUGAAAACAACUGUGCUGUCGUUAUUGCUAACGGUGAAUUCAAAGAUGCAAAUAUCAUCAAGGAUAUUGUUAAUGGAAGAAGAAUCGGUACAUUUUUUACACUAGCAGAGAAAAUUGGAGCUUCGAUCGAAGACCAAGCUGCAAAAGCACGCGAAGGAAGCCGAGCUUUGCAGUCGCUGUCUCCAAACCAGAGGGCUGAAAUCAUUUACCGACUAUCAGAGUUGCUUCUUGAAAGACAAGAUGACAUUUUAAGCGCAAAUCAACGAGACUUGGAUGCUGCAAGAAUUGCCGGGAAUCUUCCACCACCUCUUAUGUCGCGCCUUGCAUUGACAAAUAACAAAUUAAAAACCUUGUCGGAUGGCCUGAGGAAGAUUGCUGAUGAUUCUUUUAGCAAUGUAGGCCGUGUGCUCAAGGCAACGCGGCUUGCUAGUGGCCUGGAACUAAAUCAAAUCACGGUCCCUAUUGGUGUUCUCAUGGUCAUCUUCGAAUCGCGUCCAGAUGCACUGCCACAGGUUGCAGCAUUAGCUAUUGCAUCAGCUAAUGGCCUCUUACUGAAGGGUGGAAAAGAGGCUUAUCACAGCAACCAUUAUUUAUUCUCGCUUGUACAAGAAGCCUUGUCGUUGCAUGGUGCACAAGGUUGUCCACAUGCUUCUGCUUUGAUAAGUACACGCGACGAGGUGUCCGAUUUGUUGCAGCUUGAGAACUGUAUCGAUUUGGUAAUACCACGUGGUUCGAAUGAACUGGUUCGCAAGAUUCAGGCUGAAAGUAAACACAUUCCAGUUUUGGGUCAUUCUGAAGGCAUUUGUCAUGUUUAUGUCGACAAAGAUGCAGACAUGGAAAUGGCGUUGCAAAUUGUGAUUGACUCCAAAUGCGACUACCCAGCAGCUUGCAAUGCCAUGGAGACAAUUUUAGUGCACCGAGAGCUUCUCAGGACUUCUGCAUUCGAUCAAGUAUUGGAUGAACUCAGAAAUAAUAAUGUGAUUGUUCAUGCUGGACCGAGGUUAGCCAAGGCCCUGCCAUUUGGGCCUGUGCCUGCCAAAUCACUAAAAGUGGAAUACAGUUCGCUUGAGUGCGCCAUGGAGAUCGUUGAUGAUGUAGAGGAUGCUAUUAGACAUAUCAACGAACAUGGCAGUGCUCAUACAGAUGCAAUUGUAACUGAUUGUGAUCGUAUUGCGAAAAGAUUCAUUCAAGGAGUUGACAGUGCAUGUGUUUUCCACAAUGCCAGCACACGAUUCGCCGAUGGAUAUCGCUUUGGUUUAGGUGCAGAAGUUGGAAUUAGCACGAGCAGGAUUCACGCUCGCGGUCCUGUUGGUGUCGAAGGCUUGUUGACAACGAAAUGGCUACUGAGGGGUGAUGGCCAUCUAGUAUCACAGUUUGGAGAGGAUGGCAAAUGUAAAUUUGUUCAUGAACAAUUAGAAGUUUAUCCUGAUUCCUACAAUAAAAGAACAGCCAGUGAGUAGACUAGGGUAGGGACAUCUUGGAUAGGAAGAGAUUUAAAAGUAGCUUAUAAAACAUAUUCAUAUUUCUGACGUACUUAAGCCUUUGCUAGGUUCUUCCAGCCAUCGUUGUAUCACGUAUAUGUUUGACAGCGAUCCCUUAUCUUAUUUGAUUUUAUUGCUGCUAUGUUUUGAUGACGAGGUAUUAAGCCCCCGUUAUACACCAUCGUAUUACUUUUUAUCCAAGUAGAUUAACUGGCUGACUUGUGAAAAUGCUCAAUCGGCCAUGAAGAGACAAGGUGGCUUACUUAUUCAAAAGCUGAUAUAAAAAGGGUUCCUUAUUGGACCCCAUUUUCUGCAAAAGAUUGCAAGUUUCGCAAUAUUUUGAAUUGGCCCAACCGGCCUACUGCUCCGGUCCGCCAAUUAGUGGUUUGAGUUGGAAGUCCCUUGUUUGUCUGGUUUAAAGAUAAUUUUGGCUUAUUUUGAUGCGUUUUAGGCUAUUUCUGCUUUGCUUGAUCACAUGCUUCGCAUCGUUUGUUUUCGAUCUUGUAUAUGUUUUUAUGCUAGUAGUUAUACAAGGAAUUUUGACCUUAAGGGUCCUUGGACGAAUGGUUGUCUAUAAAAUGGGGGAAAUUUUGUAUUUUUCUUAUUUCUGUAGUGGGUUGUGGUGAAAUAAAUGAUAGCUUUCAGGAAGGUGGAGUUGCAUCUUUAAUUAGAAGUAUUUUUCUAAUAUUGUGUUUGGAAUUCCAUAAUAAUUUUGGUUUAUCAGCUCUCAGAAUACAGCUCUUGCCUUAUUGCAGAGUAAAAAUAUUUAAUAUUCGAUAAGACUGUAGUAUGCAUUUUUUAAUUGAAACUUUGAGACGUAAACUUUUGUCGAGAAGUUACUUUCCGUUGUGUGGAUUUGUUGAUUUGGGGAGGGGGGCGUUUUAUCAGGUAAAUCUGUUAUUUGAAGUCUAGGGGCAACUUGCAUGUGUACGCUUCGACUUGUUUUAGGCAAUACCUCUGUUGAUUGUCUCUUCUUGGUAUUACGCUAUUACUUUUAUUUUCAUGGUUGCGCCCUCUUGUAUGUAAUGUAGGUUUCUUAAUUAUGUGUGUCUUGGUUAUUUAUUUAUUUUCUGGUUUAAAACUUUGUAUAAUCGUGCUUUAUUUUAAGGUACUUUAACUUUUUACUCAUCAAAGAUGUAUUAGAUUGUUGAAA